CCGUUUUGGUCCACGGCCUGCGCGCGUGGAGCAAUGGGCGCCGGCGUCGUGGUCGGAGCGGCCCUGGCCCUGUGGCCGGCGGCCCUCGCCGCGGGCGCGGGCGCGCCGUCGGCCAGCGCGGCGACGGGCGUGCCGUUCGAGUUCUCGGAGCACGACGACCUGGGGAACCAGGAGCGGGCCAUCUCGUACUUCGAGGGCAAGUUUUACAACGCGGAGAACAGGUGGUCCCUGCAGGCCGAGCACCUGGCGGAGGCCCACGCGCUGGGCCAGGCCGCCCUGGAGGUGCCGUCGCUGGCGCUCGGGGCGGCGCAAGUGCUGUACCUGUUCGCGUGGUACCGCAGGUCGGGCGAGAUCAUUCGCGAGAGCAUCGCCCUUGCCGCGCGCCUCUUCGAGCUGAGCGCAGCAGCGGCCGGCUGCUCUCCACACGUACCCACGGAGGCGUGGCUGCAGCUCGCAUGUGACCUGCGGGUGGGGCAGGCCAUGCUGUUGGACUCUUGGCUUGGAGAGACCGACGCUGACGAGCAGCAGGGUCGGCUCUAUAGGGAGAGGGCCCACGCGCUGCUAGACUUCUUGAAGUCAGUUCCACGUUUCGCUGACAUCAGCAAGUCAUGGACGACCCCGUUGCACAUGAACUUCAAUCAGUUCCGGUAUGGUAAUGCUGAGUCGCGGCCGAUCUGGGACAACGCCGAUGUACCUCUUGCAGGUUUCUUGGAAGAUAAUUUCCACAUCUUCCACGAUGAGCUGCGGGCAAUUAUUGAACAUACUGGAGGUGAUCUGUACGAAGCGUUGAGGAAAGCCGAUGGGUCUAUUGAGUCUCUGGCGCCGCCAGGGAGUUGGGAUGCCAUUCGCAUUGUUCGCUAUGGGCAUUGGUUUGACGCUUUCUGUGAUGUUGCCCCCAGAACGUGCCAACUGCUCAGAAGCCGGCCAGAGAUUGCAGACUGCCCUUAUGUUAACACGAAUUAUUACAAGCUCCACCCUGGUGGCCACCUCAAGCCCCACUUUGGCAAUGCGCCCCGCCUUACAGUGCAUCUGGCAGUUAUUGCGCCCGAGCCGUUGCGCUCAGGCAUCUCUGUGGGUCCAGAGUUCCGUCUGUGGACGGAGGGGAAAGCCAUGGUGUUGGAUGACACUUACCCGCAUUCGGUAAGUCAUUGGGGUAAGGAGCCGCGCUACGUGUUGGCCUCCUGGUUCUGCCAUCCGUGCGACACGAACAACAAUCCGGGGCCUGGUUCUCGCUGUCCUGACUGGGUGAGCGGGCGCUGA